AUGUCGGGGUGCCGCGGAGGCGGCGCGAAAGGCACAGUCGAUGGUGCUGGCGCUCGACAACAAAACACGCGCCGCGCCGUGGAGGACCACGCGGAGCUGCUGCUGGUUGGGUACGCGCCAUGGUGCGAGCGCAGCGCACAGCUCCGGUUCGCCGAGACCUCCGCCGCGCUGCGCGCCAUGGGCAGCGCUGUCGCCUUCGCAAAGCUCCGCGUGGAGCGCUACCCCAAGGCGGCCGUCGCCGUCGGGGUCAAGGGCUUCUCCACCGUGCUCCUCUUCGUCAAUGACACCGAACACGCCUAUCAUGGCCUGCGCACCAGGUGA